AUGGCUGUAAUCAGUGAUCAGUGUAAUCAUCUAAAUGGCAAAAAAGCCAAAAGUAGAUUGGUUCAAGAACUUCAAGGUUCUUUUUUCGUGCUUAGCCGUUGGGCGGGCGGUGCUGCUAAGAAGACCCUAUCAUCAAAAGGUUAG